CUUCUCUCUUGUUUGACUCUGAUAGGCGUACACCUGUCACGUGGUUCCCUUAUCAGUCAGAAAGCAUCAAGUACACGUUGCAUCCAAAACAAAAGUGAAAGUGUUUUUGUUUGUGCGCAGACGGGGAGCAGUUCAGCCUGAGAGAGAGGAAUGACAGAGACAUUAGAAACAAAUUAUCAAUCUAUUCCGUAAGUAGGCACUGUUCAAAAUAUCAUCUUUGAGGCUGUUUACGGCUGAAUGUCUACAACGCAGCGGAGUUAUAGAGAUUAUAAUCCACUAAGGAACAUGGACCAGGAAGGGGCCACCCUGUCCUGGAAAAAGUUCUAUGUCUCGGUGUCGGGAACAACACAUGGGGCUCAUGUUCCUUGGGUCAAACAAUUCAGAGGCAUGGGCCACACCGAGGUCCAAUCUGAAGGUGAAAGUAACUACAUUCUGCUGUUCUGUCCCAUCGUGUCCCGAGUUGGAACAGACAUCAGUGAGGCUCUGGAAAACAUUCAACAUAGUAACAAAGCAGUUAUUCUGGUGGUCAUGCAUCACACCUUCAACGCUGACUACGUGUUGGCUGAAAGCAGACGGCUGGUCAACAACCCAAACGUCUGCCUGGUUGUGGACUGUCUGUUCCACGAGGGACGGCUCCUCAACUGUAACCGUAAUGGCAUUGCAUGGUUUGAGAUCAAGAAGUUUUUUGGAGCUGCUUCUCUACCUGCUCAGGUUUCUGUCAGGGACAACAUUCGAAAAUUUUCUGGGACAAAGUUCUAUGUCUCGGUGUCGGGAACAACACAUGGGGCUCAUGUUCCUUGGGUCAAACAAUUCAGAGGCAUGGGCCACACCGAGGUCCAAUCUGAAGGUGAAAGUAACUACAUUCUGCUGUUCUGUCCCAUCGUGUCCCGAGUUGGAACAGACAUCAGUGAGGCUCUGGAAAACAUUCGACAUAGUAACAAAGCAGUUAUUCUGGUGGUCAUGCAUCACACCUUCAACACUGACUACGUGUUUGCUGAAAGCAGACGGCUGGACAACAACCCAAACGUCUGCCUGGUUGUGGACUGUCUGUUCCACGAGGGACGGCUCCUCAACUGUAACCGUAAUGGCAUUGCACGGUUUGAGAUCGAGAAGUUUCUUGGAGUUGCUUCUCCACCUGCUCAGAUCCAUUUCCCGUCCCCCAUUUGUAGCCUUUCCUGACUCAUUUGCAGUUGUAAGUAUAAUGUAUAUCCUAUAUCCUAUAUCGCGAAGUUUGAGAUUUCAGAUC